CCACCGAACUGCACAUCCCCGUAAAUAAGCAUAUGGGCGACUUAACCAGCGCUACAGAAAUUUUCCUUAGCACAAGUUUACAUUUAAAAUGUAAGUGGCUUACAUUUAUGUUUUGUUAGCUUAUACAGUUGAACAAAGAGGGCAUAUGCUGAAUAUAAAUCCAUCAUCGGCGGUGCUCUGACGAGUAGAGGUACCUAUCGAAACAUGCUAUCGAGCCUUUUUGCGCAUGUGCAGUUCCACCGUUUUCAAGUUAGGGUUAGGUUUUAGGGAUUAGGGUUAAAGUAAAGGUUUUAGGGUUUUUUGGGGGGUUAGGGCUAUCGAUUAGCACAACGGUAGCCUAACUCGACAAAGUAGCUCAACUCGACAAAACACCGGCUGUAGGACCCGUUGCUUUGCUGCGAACUCUGUCCCUAAUGCACGUAUGGAAAUAGCGCGGCGCAGAGCAUGCCGGGUAAAGUUUGAGGAAGCGACGAACCGGACCCGCGUCCCCUCGGAGUUUAUGCCAGUUUGCCCGAGCGCGAAGCGACGGCCGGGAUACCAAAGGCAGCCGGGCCGCCUGGAGCUGCGCCCUCACCCUCCAUCGUGAAGUCAUGGUAGCCUGAAACGGCCUUCGCCACGCAAAGGAAAAUUUCCACCGAAUCUGUUGCCCCCCAGAGACAGCCACUGAAGAAGACCACUGCUCCUCUCCUCCGCCCUUGUUAGAGAUAGUGCCCCCCCCCCCACAGAUGAGUAUGUGGUGGUUCCAGCAAGGCAUGUGUGCCUUGCCCACAGCUCUGGUGCUGUGGACGUCUGCGACAUUCAUCUUUGCCUACAUCACAGCUGUGGUGCUUAAUCACGUGGACCCACUGGUACCAUACAUCAGUGACACGGGGACAGUGGCUCCUGAGCGCUGCGUGUUUGGAAUAAUGCUGGACAUCUCCUCCUUCCUCGGCAUCGCCACCAUUUAUGUCCGGUACAAGCAGGUGCAGGCCCUGGUGGACCACGAGGAGCCCACACUGCAUAUUCUCAACCAGGUCGGCCUGGUUCUGGGCUGGCUCAGCUCUUUCGGGAUGUGCGUCGUCGCUAACUUUCAGAAAACCACUUUGUUUUCCAUGCACUUGGUGGGGGCAGUGUUGACCUUUGGCAUUGGGGCGCUCUACAUCCUGGUGCAGACGCUGCUGUCAUACCGCAUGCAGCCACGGCUGCACGGCAAGGGCAUCUUCUGGGUGCGGCUGGUACUGGGGAUCUGGACCUUCACCAGCAUCAUCAGCAUGUUCGUAUCAUCGGUCAUCAUGUACAGCAGUUUGCCUGGAGUGGAUGUCGAGAAGAAGCUACACUGGAUUCCAGGGGAAACGGGCUAUACUCCUCACAUCGUCAGCACCAUCUCUGAGUGGUCCUUGGCAUUCUCCUUUAUCAGCUUCUUCCUCACCUACAUCCGAGACUUUCAGAAAAUUACGCUGCGGGCGGAAGCAACCCUGCUUAGCCUCCACCUGCAUGACACCCCACACUACGACGACCUGAGCCAUGGGGAACGAUCGCCACUGCUUGCCGGCAGCAUGUGAGAACAUCGCUCCCUAGUGGUGUGGAGGUCCUGCACUGGGAACCCAUUUGAAGCCUAUGGGGAUCAUCAGAAGGGGCUGUAAAAUCCUCCUGGACUUCAUGACCAUGUUACAUGUGGCCUGACAAAAGUUGGUAUAGGAUCCUGAUUUUUUUUUCUAUCUUUCUACUUGACUUUAGGAAAAUCACAGCAUUAAGUUUUUUUUUUUAAACCAAAUUAAGAUUUGCAGUUGCCGGUCGGAGUAACAGUACAUUUUUAAGAGUACUUUCUAUAUAGUACAUUAUGUGGUGCAGAAUUCUAAAUUCACCGUACUUAACAGCAACUUAAAAAUCUAGCUUGGAAAAAUUAAUCGAAUAGUGCAUACUCUAUAGCAGUGUUUCUCAACAUGGUCCUUGGGAACCCCCAGGCAGGAUCUGGGAGGGAGCAAAAAUGUGGACAGUCUGGCAGGGAGCUGGGAGGGAGCAAAAAUGUGGACAGUCUGGCAGGGAGC